AUGGAGUAUUUUGGAGAAUUGAAAAGUAUUGAGAAAAAAUUUGAAGAAGAGGGACGUCGAGAUGAAAUUAUUGAAAAAAUGAAUAAUUUAGUGAAUGGAGAAAAUAUUGAAGAUUUUGAUGAACGUUUAAAAAAUAAAUAUGAAUUUUUGGUGAAAAAUUGGAAAAAAUUGUUUUUUUCCACCAAAAUACAAAAUGCUGAAAAAAAUAAAAAUAUUUCUAGCAAAGAAAUACAAACGAAAGAAAUUGUUGAAGAACCGGAAAAUAUUUUUUAUAAACAAAUAUUACCUGAAAGUGACGGAAUUAAAAAUUAUUUUAAAGAUUCUGGUCCCCUUUUUGUUAAAUAUUGUUUAACUAAAAGAAUUGAAAAUUCAUUCAAUAAAGAUGGAACUGUGAAAUUUUCUGAUUUUUUGAGUAAUGGUGUUGGACAGGAAUAUGGAUGGGAAUUGAAUGAAAUUUUGGGGCAAAGACGUAUUGAUAUUGGACAAUACGAGAAUAUACAAAAACAAAUUAAAGAAGAAUUAGAAAAUGUGUGUAUAAACGUGGAGGAAGUAAAUCUGAAAAAUGAUUGUGAAUUAUUUUUGGAACACGAAUUACAAUCUUGGCAUUCUUUUUGUUCUAUCGAUACAAAACAUUUACGUUUUGAACGUUUUGAGGAAAUGAAUGUUGUUACUAAUGGUUAUCAACACAAAAAAGAUGAGGAAAACAAAGAUUCUUUUGAGAAAGCAACUUUUGAAGUAUCUGGAGAAGUUAGUAAAUUCGAGGGAGAAAUUGUAGGUGCUAUAAAGGAAACAACUUUUGUUGAAUUCAAAGGAGAAAUUGAAGAAUUGGGACGUUGA